AUGGCAGCAUUAUCAUCGUUGCAACUUCCUCUGUGUUGUAAUUUUGGCCGAAUUAACAAGUCGUUUAAUCGGCGAAGAGUGUACGAAUUCAACAUUGUGGCCGGAAUAAAGUCCUUAGCUUCAACAAUUAGACCACUAAUUAGGACUAAUGAGCUCGAUUGGGACGAGUGUGGUUCGUCUGUGGGGCGCCGGAAUUUUGUCGGGCUCGGGCUUGGGCUUGUUGGGGUUUCGACCCUUUUGGGAGGUUGUACUUUUGUGGAGGCAGCCGGGUUGCCGCCCGAGGAGAAACAGAGGCUAUGUGACGGCACGUGCGAGAAAGAGCUUGAAAAUGUACCAAUGGUAACUACUGAAUCUGGUUUGCAAUACAAGGAUAUUAAAGUUGGUAAUGGACCGAGUCCUCCCGUUGGAUUUCAGGUGGCUGCAAAUUAUGUUGCCAUGGUUCCCUCUGGCCAAAUGUUCGACAGUUCACUCGAGAAAGGUCAGCUUUACAUUUUCCGGGUCGGCUCUGGUCAGGUCAUCAAGGGGCUUGAUGAAGGAAUCCUCGGUAUGAAAGUUGGAGGCAAACGGCGACUUUACAUUCCGGGACCUUUGGCAUUUCCAAAGGGCCUGGCGUCAGCACCUGGAAGGCCGCGUGUGGCUGCCAAUAGUCCAGUCGUGUUUGAUGUCAGCUUGGAGUACAUUCCCGGACUUGAGGAUGAUGAGUAA